AUGUCCGGGCGCCAGCAGCGUGUGAUGGUUCAGCCCAUCAAUGUUAUCUUCAAAAACCUACAACAAAAAACGAAAGUGGUUAUUUGGCUAUACGACAAUGUCGAAAUGCGGAUCGAGGGAAGAAUAAUAGGAUUUGACGAGUUUAUGAACAUUGUCAUCGAUGAGGCUGCAGAAGUAUUUGUGAAGGACGCAAAACCGCGAAGGGAGUUGGGCCGCAUUCUCUUGAAAGGGGAUAAUAUAACUCUUAUACAGCAAGUAUCAUAG